UUGGAUGUGAAUUGCUUCACUGCCUGUCCCGAGUCUCUCUCUCUCUCUCUCUCUCUCUCUGGUUUUUCCUUUGUUGUUGGAGGAGUAACCCUUGCAUGUGUUUGUUGAAUACGAGUUUUUGCGUAUUGCUCUUGAAGUUUUUGGCCUUUGUGUUGUUUUGUGGGGUUGAGAAAUUUAGAAGAGAAAUGGAUGAUGAAUAUGCUAAGUUUAUCAGGAGGAUGAACCCUCCCAGAGUUGUGAUCGACAACAAUGCUUGCGAGGAUGCCACUGUUAUCCAGGUUGACAGUGUAAACAGACAUGGGAUUCUCCUGGAAGUUGUCCAAGUUCUUACGGAUAUGAACCUUGUAAUAACAAAAGCAUACAUCUCAUCUGAUGCUGGAUGGUUCAUGGAUGUGUUUAACGUGAUUGACCAUGAUGGGAACAAAAUCAGAGAUAAGGAAGACAUUGAUUAUAUUCAAAGGAGACUCGAAAGUAAUGCCAGCUUCGCACCCUCAUUGAGAGAGUCUGUAGGGGUAAUGCCCUCAGAAGAGUACACCUCAAUAGAACUCAGUGGUACCGACAGGCCUGGCUUAUUGUCUGAAGUGUGUGCAGUUCUGGCGGACCUUGGCUGUAAUGUGGUCAAUGCUGAGAUAUGGACGCACAAUGCUAGGGCUGCAGCUGUAGUUCAUGUCACAGAUGAAUCCACUGCGUGUGCAAUCAAAGAUCCAACACGUCUCUCGACAAUUAAGGAUUUGCUACGCAAUGUCCUCAGAGGAGACGAUGACUUGAAGACUGCAAAUAUGAAGCUUUCACCCCCGGGAGUGACAAAUAGGGGGAGAAGGUUACAUCAAAUUAUGUUUGCUGACAGGGACUAUGAGAGAAUUGGGGGGACUGGAGUUGGGGCAGUUGAGAAUACGAGUCCAAGACCUCAUGUAACGUUGUUUGACUGCAUCCAGAAGGAAUACACCGUGGUUACUAUGAGGUCAAAAGAUCGGCCAAAACUGUUGUUUGACAUCAUUUGUACUUUGACUGACAUGCAGUAUGUCGUGUUUCAUGGAGUGGUCAAAACGGGGAGGAUGGAAGCUUAUCAGGAAUUUUAUAUUCGGCAUGUUGAUGGGCUCCCUGUAAGUUCAGAAGCUGAGCGAGAACGUGUUGCACAGUGCCUUGAAGCCGCCAUUGAAAGGCGGGCAUCUGAGGGAAUGGAGCUUGAAUUGUGCACAGAAGACCGAGUUGGACUCCUCUCAGAUAUAACCAAGAUAUUCCGGGAGAACAGUUUAUGCAUUAAAAGGGCAGAAAUUUCGACAAAGGGUGGAAAAGCCAUAGCCACUUUUUAUGUUACGGAUGUCACCGGUAAUGCUGUUGACCCCAAGAUUAUAGAUUCAAUUUGCGGACAGAUAGGUCACACGAUACUGAAGGUGAAGCAGCAUAAUUCCAAUCCUUCACCUAAGGCCCCUCAAGGAACCACAUUAGGAUUCCUCUUUGGGAAUUUGUUUAAAGCUCGAGGUUUCCAAAACUUCAAAUUAAUCAGAUCCUACUCUUAAUUAUCUUCCUGUACAUUCUCAGAGCUAGAAACUGUACAGACAUAUCAGAAUGUUGCAGCAUCCCAGAAAUGUAUUGGGACUGCAACAACGUAAAUAGGAAGCCGAAGCUCUUGUUCAUGGGUGUGUAUACCCUACAGAAGAAACCCACAAACCGCUUUAUACUGUGAAUAGUAUUGGUUGGUUGGGUCUGUAUAUUCUUAUGCCCACCAAGUACGUUACGUACGGCAUUAAUGUUA